AUGGGUUCUAACAAGAUUUGGCUGCGCGCUGAGACUAAGCCCGCCGAGGCGCGGUCUGCUUUGACCCCUACCACUUGUAAGGCUCUCAUUGAUGCUGGAUAUGAGGUUACAAUCGAGCGCUCGUCGCAGAGUAUCUUUGAUGACGAGGAAUUCGCCAAGGUCGGCGCUCCGCUCGUCGAAGAAGGAUCGUGGGUGAAGGAUGCCCCCAAGGACGCCUAUGUUCUCGGCCUCAAGGAACUCCCUGAGGAGGACUUCCCCCUCGAGCACGUUCACAUUUCCUUCGCACACUGCUACAAGGAGCAAGCUGGUUGGGAAAAGGUUCUUGCUCGGUGGCCCCGUGGCGGAGGCACUCUCUUGGAUUUGGAGUUUUUGACUGAUGAUGUUGGUCGUCGUGUUGCUGCUUUUGGUUUCUCUGCUGGAUACGCCGGUGCUGCGCUUGCCGUCAAGAACUGGGCCUGGCAAUUGACACAUCCCGAGGGAGAGCCCCUCCCCGGUGAGACACCGUAUGCCAACCAGCAGCUUCUGAUCGAGUCUGUCAAGGAGUCGCUUGCAGCUGGUCAAAGGCAGUCUGGCAAGACGCCUAGAAUCCUCGUUAUUGGAGCUCUUGGACGUUGCGGUCGUGGAGCCGUGCAGCUCGCCAAAGAUGUUGGUAUCCCCGAAUCCGACAUCAUUCAGUGGGAUAUGGAGGAGACCAAGAAGGGUGGUCCUUUCAAGGAGAUUGUCGAAGACUCUGACAUUUUCGUCAACUGCAUUUACCUCACGUCUAAGCUCCCCGGAGAUUUUGUCAACGUUGAGAGCCUGUCAACACCGAACCGUCGCCUGUCUGUGAUUUGUGACGUGAGCGCUGACACCACCAACCCCAACAACCCAAUCCCCGUGUACAACAUUACCACCACCUUUGACAAGCCCACAGUACCUGUCACCCUCCCAGCCGGGGCCCAAGGCACACCUCUCAGUGUGAUCAGCAUCGAUCACCUUCCGUCGCUUCUUCCCCGCGAGAGCUCUGAGAUGUUCAGUGAGGCGCUGCUGCCCAGCUUGCUACAGCUCAAGGACCGGGAGAACUCUCGCGUCUGGAAGCAGGCGGAGGAUCUCUUCAAGGAGAAGGUCGCCACUUUGCCUUAG